AUGAGGUUCUUUUUGCUUGCGGUUGUCAUCUCCGCCACACUUGCAAUUGCCCCUGUCCGCUUUGACAGAAGGGAGAAAGUGUUCCGUGUGAAGCCCCAGGAUGAAAAGCAAGCGAGAAUAGUGAAGGACUUGACCCAAACAACUGAGCUUGACUUCUGGUACCCAGAUGCUACUCAUGAUAUUGCGGCUAAUAUGACAGUGGAUUUCCGAGUUAGUGAGAAGGAAUCUCAUACUAUCCAGUCUACCUUGGAACAACAUAAAAUGCACUAUGAAAUUCUGAUACAUGACCUACAAGAAGAGAUAGAGAAGCAAUUUGAUGUGAAAGAUGAAAUUGCAGGCAGGCACAGUUAUGCAAAAUAUAACGACUGGGACAAGAUUGUUUCUUGGACUGAAAAAAUGGUAGGGAAACAUCCUGAAAUGAUCUCCAGAAUUAAAAUUGGAUCAACUGUUGAAGAUAAUCCAUUAUAUGUACUCAAGAUUGGAAAAAAAGAUGGAGAAAGAAAGGCUAUCUUUAUGGACUGUGGCAUUCAUGCCCGCGAAUGGAUCUCCCCAGCUUUCUGUCAGUGGUUUGUCUAUCAGGCAGCCAAGAGUUAUGGAAAAAACAAAAUCAUGACCAAACUUUUGGACCGGAUGAAUUUUUACAUUCUGCCUGUGUUCAAUGUAGAUGGGUAUAUUUGGUCAUGGAAACAGAACCGAAUGUGGAGAAAAAACCGCUCCAAGAAUCAAAAUUCCACCUGUAUUGGCACUGACCUCAACAGAAACUUUGAUGUCUCUUGGGACUCUUCUCCAAACACCAACAAGCCAUGCUCGGAUGUCUACAGAGGCCCUGCACCGGAGUCUGAGAAAGAGACCAAAGCUGUCACUAACUUCAUUCGAAGCCAUCUGAACUCAAUAAAGGCUUAUAUCACCUUCCAUUCCUAUUCUCAACUGCUAUUAUUACCUUAUGGCUACACAUCCAAACUGCCACCCAACUACCAGGACCUGCUCAAGGUUGCAAGGAUUGCCACUGACGUUCUCUCAACUAGAUAUGAAACCCGUUACAUCUACGGCUCAAUCGCAUCAACAAUAUACCCUACAUCAGGUUCUUCUUUAGACUGGGCUUAUGACCUGGGCAUCAAACAUACAUUUGCCUUUGAACUACGUGAUAAAGGAAAAUUUGGUUUCCUUCUUCCAGAAUCCCGGAUAAAGACAACAUGUAAAGAAACCAUGCUUUCUGUAAAAUUUAUAGCCAAGUAUAUCCUCAAGCAUACAUCCUAAUGAAUUCUUGGUUGGGGAUUUGCCAAUUACUCCUUCGGUUAAGGAAAGAUAAUCUUCUGCAUCACCUGGAUCCAUCAUUUUGCUCAUGAAAUCCUGCAUUACUUUUUUCUUGAUAUUAUUUACUCCCAAUAGCCCCACAAUAUAGCAGCUUAAGUAAAUCCAUUUAGCUACAUUUCUUCUUUGUAAGUAAAUUUUAUCCUUGGAGAAAGUACAUUUUGAAUACUUUGAAAUAAUAGGUGAUAUGCAUGGGAAAGAAAUGAAAAGUUUGUUCCUCUAAAAUCUAAUUGGCUCACCUCAUGUCAUGUGCUAACAAAAUGAAAAACAUAUUCUGAUGACUUACAAAGGCAUCCUCUGUUUUUAAUAAACUAUAUUCUCAGCAUUUCUCAAUUA